GUUUCUCACUCACUGCAGUAAUGAUUCUGCAGCUAGCAGCCCGUUUCUUCUCUCUAGACCCUGUGCUAUCUCCCCACACAAUCCCAAGCUGUGCAGACCAUGCAGAAGGACAGACAUACCCACUGGCUACUGGACGGACAGACAGACACUCCCAGUGGUAGAGGGUACGCCGGAAGGCGAUGAUCGCGUUGCUCAACGCUACUUCGUCCAGCCCCACGGGGGGGACCGAGGGGUCAGGGCAGCUGCAAAGGUCUGUCUGUGUACUGGGAUUCAUCCCUGUCAUUUACUACAGCACCCUCCUCUGCAUCGGAGUGCCAGUGAACAUUCUGACAGCAGUGGUUCUCUCCCGGCUUGUAGCCCGCACCCAGAAGUCCUCGUACUUCUACCUGCUAGCCCUGACUGGCUCCGAUAUCCUGACCCAGCUCUUCAUCAUCUUCGUGGGCUUCCUCCUGGAGACAGCUGUUUUCCAUCGAGAGGUCCCGGAGCUGCUGCUCCACACCAUCAGCGUGCUGGAGUUCGCCGCCAACCACGCCUCCAUCUGGUCUGCCGUAUCACUGACUGUGGACCGCUACCUGGCUCUGUGCCACCCCCUGCGCCACCGGCAGUUCAGCUACCCUGAACGAACACGAAAGGUCAUAGCCCUGGUCUUUGUUUUAGCACUUGCUUCUGGUGUCCCCUUCUAUUGGUGGUCGGACGUCUGGAGGGUCACCCACCCACCAACAGCAAUGGACAAGGUGUUAAUCUGGACCCACUGCACCAUUAUCUAUUUCCUGCCCUGCAGUAUCUUCCUGGUGCUCAACUCUAUUAUCAUCUACAGGCUGAAGAUUCGGCACCGGAAACAAUGCCACGAGCAGUGCCAACAGCCAGCCCCGAGGCGCUGCAGCAAAACCACGGCCAUCCUGCUGGUGCUCACCACUGCCUUCUCAAUCCUGUGGGCGCCACGCACUUUCGUCAUCAUCUACCACCUCUACGUGUCCACGGUGAACCGCAACUGGCUCGUUCACCUGGCCUACGACCUUGCCAACAUGCUUGCCAUGCUCAACACCGCCGUCAAUUUCUUCCUGUACUGCUUCGUCAGCAAGCGUUUUCGCUCGGGCGUCCGAGACGUGCUCCUGCUGCAUGGCGGGGCCCCGCCGGCUCCCCAUCAUCCCCUGACCCUCAAACCACUUGCCAAUUCCCUGCACUCCUCCUGUGAUGGCAAGAGACUCAGCACCCCUGACAUGACCCCUUCCCAUUCUGACCCAGGAAUUAGCACAUAAACAUGGCUUCACCCAAUCAAUGAAUCAUAAAGGGACUGUUGUAGUAUUUGUACAUUGACACUUGUCAUUGUUCCUCCAUCGCUGUAAAUAACACAAAUAAAAACAUGAAGAGGAGAUUAAUUACUUCUCAGCAUUGGGGUUAGGGUUAGGGAUAGGGCUAGUUAUAAACAACUGGGGACAUUCCUAAUUGGCAUACAUGGUCAGAGUUCGAGAAGGGUUCCAUUUUUACUGGUCCAGAGAACAUUGAAAUGAUUGAGUAAUAUGUUUAAAUAUUUAAAGUUCACCCGGGGAAAAACAACAAUGUAUAUUCCAGAUGCAUAUACUAUUUAGAACCCAGUUUAAAUAAAAAGCAUGAACUGGAAUCAUCCUUUUCCAUUAGAGCAGAGCUGGACAAGGUUGGACUGUGAGUUGAACACAGCAGAACUGUUGUGCAGAUUCAUUUUUAUAACAUGCUUCAGAAGCGUGAAUUCUACUAAGGCUGUCCUGCUGAUUCGUCCUAAAGAGGAAAUGGGUUUAUAAAAGCCACCAUGUCAAAAUGGAUAUCUCUUUACUUGUGAAACAGUUUUUUUAAAGCCCAGUCCCUCUGUCUAAAGAGCUUAAAUGACGCAUGACUUUUGCCCUAUAAAUCCAGAUUAAAGGGAAUGUCAUAUAACCUUUGAAAUGCCAGUUGUCGUCUGAAGUUUAUGUGUGGAGGACUUUGUGUUGAUUCCACCUUAUCACUGUCCGAUGGGGAGGGAGUUUUUAUAGGCUUUGGAAACACAGGCGUCCUGAAACACACAACCAACCAUCAUUAUAAAAUGACAAAAAAUGACCUUUAUAUUGUGUUCAUUGUAAAGUGAAAGUCGUUAUCUAGCUACGUUUCUGUUUUCAAUUGUCUAUUGAUAUUGUUUAUCGCAAAAGUACUAUUGUUAGCUAUACUAGUACUGUAUGCUGUAUGUACCAUAGUACACUGCCUAUUGGUUAAAGUGUCCUCAUAUACAACCAGGUUAGAAAAAGAAACUACCAACCUGAUGUAAUGAUGUGUGGACAAUUCCAAUGUGAUUUUCCCUUUAAGAGCACAAUUUAUUUAUCAAGGUCAACAACACCACCUUAAAGGGUAGGAGCCACACUACCUACAGUUGUUAUACGUAUCUCUCCUCUUUUGCAUGCGUUACAUACAUGCCAGUUGCAAUUUCCUUCAUUUUCAGGUUAGGCCGAAAGGAGCACAAUAAAUCCAGUCAUGCUAGGAUAAGUGACCUGUCUGCACCACAAAGCACAAAGUGAGCUGGAACCAAUCCUAGCAGAUUCAAGCAUGCAAACUGAAUUACAACUCCUGGUGGACACAAAGCAAACUGCAACCAGCACUGUGGUCCCUGAAAGGGGCUGUGGUUGUAAGUAAAAUAAAUGAAUAAACAC